UCAUUUACUCAAGUGUUUCCUUUAUUUUGGCGGUUACCUUUAUUUCCCGUCUUACUUGUAUGAUUAGAAAAAAGGCGUGUCUCAGUGCCACACAUACUGCAUUAUAUCGCUCAUUCAGUUACAAUAAAGAACACUUUUGUUCCGACGACUCCUCAAAGUAUUUCCACGUAACGAGAGAUGGCGCUUUGGUUUUGGCCAGUAGCAUACGGACCGGGCUUACCUGUUAAUAUGGACCAGUGCGACUGCAAACCAGACAGCGAUUGUACCGCAACCUACUGUGGAGAUGGUAGCACUGGUCUGUGGUUGGACUUCAACAGUGUUUUGACAGGAGCUCUCACUGUGGUGGGCUAUCUCUUCUACAGAUUCUCACAGGCCCUCCCAGCUCUGAUAAGAUGGCCCAUCCAUCUCUUCUGCACACUCACUGGUCUGUCCUCACUGUGGGGUUGGGUGAGCCACCUGAUGGGAACUCUUCGUAGCUUACAGUACUUACUGAAGUGGCUGUCGCGUAUUUGGAGGUUUAUAGUUGCUUCAUUCUCAAAACUCAGCGGGUUCACUGUUAUCAUUCAAAACAACUCUGGUAAGUUUCUCCCUUUUCUAGUUAAUUGGGCUUCUAGUGACAGUCCCCCAGGCACAGAGCCCUUUCCCAGCCCUAUCUCCAUAGAGCCUGGGCUGAGGCUCAUCCUUAUGGGGCCUCCCGGUGGAGGUCGGACCUCCCUUGCAGACGCCCUGGUUGGCUGCAGGCUCCCUCAGGUUGGGGGGUCCCUGGGGGCUGUGAUGGAGUGUACUAAGCGGAGGGUGGUGGUGGACAGGAGAGAGCUGAUCAUAAUAGACACCCCAGACCUCCUGGGUCCAUCUCUGGGUGACAGUAAGAGAGCCUUGGAGACCCUCCGCAGCCUGCAGCUGGCCAGCCCAGGCCCGCAUGCCUUCCUGCUGGUGCUCCAGACCCCUGGAUCUGGAGAUGGGGUGGACCAGGAUGCUGCUAGUGCCACCAGGGCCCUCCUGGAGCUGGUCGGAGAGAGUGCCACAGGCCACAUCCUCAUUGUCCUCACCCAUGCAGACGGUUUGGGUCCGGGCUCCACGCUAGCCCAGCUACUGGAGGAUGAUGCUGGAGGCCUCAGAACUGCUCUGUAUCUGUGUGGUCAGAGGGCUGAGCUUGUGGACAACAACCCAGACAAGCCGGUGGAGGAGAGGAGAGAGCUGGCGAGGGGGCUGCUGGAGAGGCUGGCAGAGAUGAGGGCACUGAGGGGACACUACACCCACGAGCUGCAGAAAAGGGAGGACCAAGUCAGGGAGGAACUGCUGAUGGACAUGGCCUCUGUGUUGGCACGGAAACUGGGACAGGAGUAUUGAGAGUUGAAAAGUAAAACUUCAUUUUGGGUUUAGGUGCAUUUUGUUGACUUAUUUUUGUCAUUCUGGGUUUGUUCUUGUCUUUGGGGAAUUGAUCCUCAGGAUGUCACUGUCUCUGCAUGGAUUAUUGUUAAAUAUGUCAGUCUGAGCAUGGGCUUGUUGGGUCAAUUUGUUUUGUAACAACAAUAUCAUGUUCUUACAGUACUGCUGUUAUUGAACAAUAUUUAAUCCAUGUCAAUUUGCCUUAAUGUACACUACUUGUUUUCUUGCACACUCUUGUCUGUCUACUACAUUCCUCCCAUGGUUUCCCUUUUUUUUUCUUUAAAGUAUUAAAGUUGCUUCCAAAUAA